AUGGCUACCGACAUUCUUCCCCGUCCGGUCCGGGACCAUUCGUCCGGCACCACAACCCCCGAAUUGACUACACCAUUUCAGCCACUCCGCAACGAGAAAAUUGUCGCCACCGGUAGCGGCUUGACCGUCGGCAUCGCCCUGACCGAACCUGUACUAUACCUACAGGGCUAUGACCAAAAUGACCCCAGUACGAAACGAUCUGCCAUUCUGAGAGGCCAACUUCACUUGAAGGUCACUAAGUGUGUCAAAAUCAAGAAGAUUUCGAUUUGCUUCCGUGGUCAUGCACAAACAGACUGGCCAGAUGGUGAGUCCUUCACUAUGCUCUCCGAUACCGGCGUAUCCCCCCCGAAAAAGAUUCAUUUUCACGACAAGAAGGACCUUGUCACCCAUGGCGUCAUCUACUUCAAUCACGGAGAUACGGCGUUGAUGGCAAACGAUUACGGAGCGCAUUACUACCAGCACGCCAAACCUGCAUCACCCUUGUCCGGUAGCAAGGACGCAGUCUCCUUGACCACACGAGAAUUGUUUUCCAGGAGUAGUUCUGUUACUUCGCUCGGCCCGAAUGCCAUGAGAGACGCCAAACGGCUGUCCGUUCAGAGCGCACGUGGCCAUUCGCGAAGUUUCAGCCGUAACGAGCCUUCUGUCAGUACGCAGACCCAACCGCAGCGCAACUACCGCAUGUUUCCUGUGGGAGACUAUUUAUAUAGUUUCGAGUUCCCAAUCGACGGAUCAUUGCCUGAAACGAUUAAAACAGACUUGGGAUCCGUGAAAUAUGACUUGGAAGCCAUCGUGGAGCGCUCCGGUGCAUUCCGACCCAACCUGUUAGGCACUUUGGAGAUUCCCGUGAUCCGGACCCCGGCCGAAGGAUCCUUAGAACAAGCUCUUCAGAUUCCAAUUGCGUUCAAGUUAACGCCAUUGGCCAAGGUGGAAUGCCAUCGAAUCAAGGUUUAUGUUACGGAGAACAUCCAGCAUUGGACCGCCGAUAAGAGCGUCCAUCGAUUGCAGCCGGCAAAGAAAGUCCUGUUGUUCGAAAAGCGCGCGGAAUCUGCCAGUACUAGCACGUACCCGGGCAGCUCUAUGCGAGUCAUGGCUGGUGGUGGUAUCGAUUGGGACCACCGUGCCGCAGCUGCCAGAGGAGAGGAGAUCGUGGAUCGUACUCGUACGAACUUAUUGGGUAAUCUGUCCAGCGAUUCCUCCGGUGUUGGUCCAACGGAAAUGGAGUUCAACGUGCAAUUGCCCAGCUGUCAUGAGAUGAAGGGUCGCGAUGAGGCUCAGCGCCUGCAUUUCGACACGACUUACGAGAAUAUCCAGAUCAAUCAUUGGAUCAAGAUUGUGCUCCGCCUUUCCAAAGUUGAUGAACGAGAUACAGGCAAGCGCAGACAUUUCGAAAUUUCCAUCGACUCGCCCUUCCACAUCCUGUCCUGCAAGGCUACGCAGGCAAAUAUCUACCUUCCGGCUUAUUCGAGACCGGACGCCGAACCCGAGCCGCCAGUGCAGGAGUUUGAAUGCGGUUGCCCUGGCGCGCCAAUGGCUGCACGCGACCACGCCGUCGCCCAGUCCAGCUCGGACCGUGAAGAUUCAUCCAUCAAUCUCAGUCGCCAGGCCUCGAUAGCUGGGGCAUCGGUGGGAGGCCGACCCAUCGCUCGAAGCUUCACGAAUGGAUCUGCUGGCCUUGCCCGGCCCGCCCAGGCUCAUCUCGCCCACGAAGAGAGCAGGCGGGAUGUGCAGCGAGAUCCUUCCACUCAACCAGGAGCGCCGCACGUUCCUCGUCCGAUGCAUCUCCUCCGCACGCCAUCAUUCGCACCUCCCGCCUUUGAAGAUGUUCCACCACCGCCUCCCUUGGUCACUCCUCCACCAGAGUACACAACUAUCGUGGGUAAUUGCGAUCGCGAGACAGUAUUGGAGGACUACUUUUCCAGACUCUCAUAUUACGAAGAUCAGGAAGAGGACGAUCGAGGCAGAGGCCGCGUCGAUGUCCCGCUCACUCCAGGUGGCCGUGUCAACCGCAGCAUGGACGUUCCCCGUGAGUGGGUGCGCCUUGACGACUUCACCUCCACAUGA